AUGAUGAGUAAACUCAACCAGCUCACUUCCAUGGUUUCCAGCUUAGAAGAAAAGGUGAAAACAGUGUUGAUGGAAGGUUCGGCCGUGAAACAUCGCAGAUCACUUAUCCCUCCAAUCAUAUUUGAGGUUAAAGCAGACUCCUUAGGAAUAUUCCAAAAGACCCACCUGAAAGUUGAUGUUGAAACUGGAAAACUUGUAAUCAAGAAGUCAAAAGAUGGUCCGGACGACAAAUAUUAUUCCAGCAAGAAAAUUCUACAGUUGAUCAAAUCCCAGAAGCUGCCAAAUAAAUUAGUCAUUGUUCUGGAGACAGAAAAGGAAAAGACACUGCGCAAGGAAUAUCUCUUUGCUGAUUCCAAGAAGCGAGAAGGGUUUUGCCAACUCCUACAGCAGAUGAAGAAUAAACAUUCAGACCAGUUGGAACCAGACUUGUUGACCAUUUUUACUGGAACAUGGAAUAUGGGUGAUGCUCACCCACCAAAGGACAUCACAUCAUGGUUCCUGUGUAAGGGCCAGGGAAAGACACGUGAUGAGACAGCAGAUUACAUUGAACAUGACAUAUAUGUAAUUGGUACACAAGAGGAUCCACUAAAUGAAAAGGAGUGGGUAGAAAUAUUACUCCGUUCCCUAAAUGAUAUCACCACUGCUGAUUAUAAGCUGAUAACAAUCCAGACACUCUGGAACAUACGAAUUGUUAUCCUAGCCAAGCAAGAACAUGCUCGCCGAAUCAGUCAUGUUUGCACCAACAGCGUGAAGACUGGAAUUGCCAAUACGCUUGGAAACAAAGGAGCAGUUGGUGCCUCUUUUAUGUUCAAUGGGACUUCUUUUGGUUUCAUAAACAGUCACCUUACUUCUGGGAGUGAAAAGAAACUCAGGAGGAAACAGAAUUACUUUAACAUAUUACGGUUCCUGGUCAUGGGUGACAAGAAGAACAUUCCUUUCAAUCUCUCUCAUCGAUUUACCCAUCUUUUUUGGCUGGGGGAUCUCAACUACCGUGUUCAACUUCCUAAUGCUGAGGCAGAGAACAUUGUACAGAAGAUUAAACAACAGCAAUACCAAGAACUACUGGCCUUUGACCAGUUAAACAUGGAGCGUAAUGACAGCCAAAUCUUCCUCCACUUUCAAGAAGAAGAUAUCACUUUUCCUCCAACAUAUCGAUUUGAGAGAGGAACGAGAGAACGGUACUGCUACACCAAGCAGAAAGCAACAGGGAUUAAGUAUAAUUUACCUUCUUGGUGUGAUAGGGUCUUGUGGAAGUCAUAUCCCAAGAUGCAUGUCUUAUGUCAGUCCUAUGGUUGCACAGAGGAUAUCACCACCAGUGAUCACUCUCCUGUAUUUGCCACAUUCCAGGUUGGAGUAACUUCUCAGUUCGUCUCUAAAAACAAUCCCAGUGAUUCAGAUGAGCAAGGACAUAUUGAACUACUAAACUGCAAAGCUACUCUGUACACCAAAAGCCACACCAAAUUCUACAUAGAGUUCCAUUCUACUUGCCUAGAAAAUAUGGUAAAGAGCUCAGAGGCUGAAGAUCAGGAUGGAUGCAAUGGCACUUUAAUGGUGACGUUUAGAGAGCUUCCAAAGCUUACACCAAUCAUCUCCGAUCUCGAAUAUCUCCUGGAUCAGCAUUUACUGAUAUGUAUCAAGUCAUCUGACACUGAUGAGUCAUAUGGUGAGGGCUGCAUCGCUUUACGCAUGGAGGAUCCUCUACAACAACCACUCUCUUUCUCUACUCCACUAACCCACCAUGGAGAGGGGACGGCUGCUUCCAGGGUGAGAUCUACCUGCACGCUUCUUGUGGAAAACAGAGAGAAAAGUUAUAUGACUUUGUUAAGAUUGAAAAAGAUGAAGCAGUGGUGCAAAAACAGAAAAUAAAACUCCAGUGUAGCCAGCAGUGGGAGCAGUCAUGCAGUAUGGAUCAAAAUGUGCCAAAUCAAGUAUUAUCAAACCAGGUGAAGCAGAGUCCUCCUGGAACUCCAGCAGGAUUCAAAGUGACUGAACAGCGAGCCAAACCAGGCUCUCCAGUGUUGGGACGUGGAGACACACCUGUCACACCUUCUGCUCGGAAUCCUACAUCAACUCAAAAGUUUGCACCUUGUCUCAGUGCUCGAGGGCCUCCCAGUACUCGCCAGCAGGAGUCAUUUUGCCCUCCGGCUUCAUCUGACAAACCAGAAAUGGUUGAUAAUCCAUUAUAUGGUCCAGUCAAUACUGGCUCUAUUCCUCCACCAGGUCAGAUCCGACCUCAUAAACCUCCUGAGCCAGCCCCUCGCAAAAAUACAGCUGUUCGUCAACGAUCUAUGACAUAUUCCAAUUCAGAGAAGAAACCUGCUGUUCUUCAAAAAGCUGAAGUUAGAAUGUUCUGUCAGCAAUGGCUCCAAUUAGUGUAACUCGACCUGAAGUUGUUGCACCGAAGCCUCGUCCACCAUUGCCUGCUAAAGGUCAUGCCUUACGUGAGAACAACUAA